GUCUGGCCGAAGUCCAAGGACUUUGUCAAAGCCUACAUCCAGGAGUGUCCUACCUGCCAGGAGGUGAACAGUGCGAAUCACCUUCCGUAUGGGUUACUUCAGCCCCUGCCCAUACCUGAAGGUCGUUGGCAGUCUAUCUCGAUGGAUUUCAUUGGUCCCCUCCGCCCACCCACUCAGCGUGGUCAUGAUGCUAUCUUGGUCGCCGUCGAUCGCUUCACGAAGCGUGCACGUUUUGUUCUGUGCCGCUAUCGCAUUAGCACUCGUGAGGUCACCGACAUCGUCUUCUACCGAGUCGUGAGAGAUCACGGCUUACCUCAGAGCAUCAUCUCCGACCGUGACCCGCGCUUUACCAGCACAUUCUGGCGACGCCUACACGAUGUGUACGGAUCCGAGCUCCGCUUCUCAUCGUCUUACCACCCUCAGACGGAUGGUCAGGCUGAGAUCACCAACAAAACUCUCGGUAAUAUCCUCCGAAAGUUUGUUUGGGAUGACCAACAGUGGGACUUACACUUAGCCCACGCGGAGAUUGCGUACAACCACGCUGUUUCGCCAGCCACGAGGAUAUCGCCAUUCUAUUGUGACCUCGGCUACCACCCUCGCGUACCUGCGGAUUUCCUACGACCAUCGCGGUUGCGCCCAGACACUCGUUGCCCUGCGCUUGACGACUGGAUCGCCCACAUGGCGGCGAUUAUGAAGCGCGCACACGAGAGUUUAGCCGACUCCCCGACUCGCAUGGCCGCACGAGCGAACCGAUCACAAAUGGAUCAUCCAUUCAAAGUCGGUGACGAUGUGCUCGUCGACGCACGCCACUUACAGCUCGAAGCAGAUAUGCUUCGCAAGUUCAGGCGUCGUUUCUUCGGUCCAUGCCGCAUCCUUCAGGUCGUCGGCUCUGAUACUGCCGCUAAUCCGGUCAGCUUCCGUGUGAAGCUACCUGAUUACCUUCGACAGGCUCGCGUACACGAUGUUUACCACGUCUCCUUGCUGCGUCCUUAUCGCAGACCGUCCGAGCGCUUCGCCGGACGCCCUUAUGAGCGCCCUCCACCUAUUAUGGUGGAUGGUCACGGGGAGUUCGUUGUUUUCGACAUCGUAUCACGCCGAGUUACCGACGAUACCCCUCCACGCAUCGAGUACCUUGUGCGUUGGAAGGACUACCCUGAUGAGGAGGCUACUUGGGAGCCCCUCGAGCACUUGCGGCAGGCCAGGAUGUUGGUGCGUGCAUAUGAUCGUGCUCGUCGUGUUGGGACAUCUGCUUCUACUCAGCCGACUGACCCUCUUCCUCCUCCUCCGGCUGAGGAGAUCGCUGAGGAUGAGCCCGCUCCCUCUGAGGCCGUUCCUCAGCCGCAAAUGGUCGCCUCCGAGCGUCCACAGCGCACUCAUCGUCGCCCUUCACGUUACGAUGACUGAGACUUUUAUCCUCCAUCUUUCCCCACUGACUCACACCAUCAGGUACUCCAUCAUCAUCUCUUCUUCAGGAUGUCAGCGUUUUGUGGCUCUGCUUCGACAUC